AUGAAGGCAUCUUUUGGACUUCUGUUUGUUACAACAACAUUCGUCAGCGCUGCAGAAUACUGCAACUCUGGUUGGGGAAAACCAGCUAAUACAGGAUGUUAUGACAGUAGGCCUAACACAUAUUGCUGCGCAAAUAAUGGCAAGCAGACUAAAUUUUACCCGUAUUCUAGGGAUUGUCGUGCGCUUAUUGACACUAAGUAUGGAGGCGAGAUAACAUUUUAUACCAACCCACCGUGUCACCGUGAUGGGACAAUUUAUUGUUGUGCUUAA